AUGGAGAAAACUGGACUUAUGCGAAAUUGGCAAUUGAAUCGUUCACUGAUCAUGCAAACAAUGUGGCCAGCAACUGGAGAUUCGAUUCCAGUCUGUCAGAAUGAAGGAUUGAUAACCGCAACUGAAUGCGAAUCGAAUGAACGCUGGAAGUGCUCUAAUGGCGACUGCAUACAUAUCAAUGCACUCUGCGAUGGCAGCAAGCAUUGCAGUGAUGGUUCCGAUGAGACCGAAGAGUUUUGCAAAAAUACACUAUGUACACCGAUAUCAUAUCGUUGUGAUUAUGGCGCGUGCAUAGCUUUGAGUCUGCUCUGCGACGGUGUAGCAGAUUGUGUGGACGCGUCGGAUGAAGAUAGUGAGAAGUGUCGUAAGCGUCGCGAAGAAGUGCCGCCUGAUGAAGUUGAUGAUGAAACAAAUCGUCUUAAUUGUGCGGGUUGGGGCCAAAUGAAGUGCUGGUCAGGUCAGUGCAUCAGCGCUAGCGGCAAAUGCAAUGGCAUACGCGAUUGUGAUGAUGGCAGCGAUGAAACCAGCCGCUUGUGUAAAACGAUGUACUGUACAAAUAAUCAAUUCCAAUGCGGUUACGGCGCGUGUAUACAGGUGGAGGCUAAGUGCAAUGGAACAGUGGAGUGCUGGGAUGGGACUGAUGAGUACCCAGAACUUUGUGCAAUGGAUCGAGAUACAACAAAAGCGAACGGCACUACGCCGAUAUUAACAAAUGAAAUAUUUAUAACCACAACAAUUAAAACUACAAAACCUUCAGCAGAGAACGUAAAUACGACUACGACUACUAAUGCGCCUAUACUUGAAAAUCCGAUCGAAGCCAAGGAGGCCAAUCACGAUACUUUAGACACUCCAAUCAAUGGAGGCAAUGCAGAUUCUGAAACAAACAAGGAGAAUACUUCUAGCACAAACAUAAAUUCAAAUAAAACUCAAAAUGGUUAUAACCAUCCCAAGGACGGAGCGGGUAUAAACCAAGCGAACACUGCACGAACUCUAAGUUCGACAAGUGUUGAAAGACAAGCGCACGGUUUUGACGAGACACCAAGUAGCAAAGAAACAGCUCAGCACGCAAGCAUUCCUAAGCGUAUCCCUGCGGCAUCAGCUGAAACAGAGGAUGAUAGAGAAAAGAAGAAAUCCAAGUCUAGUCCUUUGGACGCAAACUCCUCAGCACCAUCAAGAAAUCAAACGCAGAUCGGUGGUGAAGUGCAAACCACGUCAUCGUCGAAUGAAAAUAGCAAAACAUUUGGAACAAAAAAUAGCAACAAACCUGACAGUAGUUCUCAAAUGCAUGAUAAGACCGACGCAACCACAAUGAGAUCCCACAAAGAACAUUCAUCAAUUUCAAAGCCAACUACAACGACUCAUGCACCAAAGCACAACGCGAUACCACUAACAACAACGCCAUAUACUGGAAUGAAGACUCUGUCUAGUCCACCAGAGAGGCAGAAAAUUAACUGUACUCUUCGAGGUUGCAGUCAUCCACUUAUUUGCAAAAUUUGGCUACCAAACUCAAAUCAUUCUUCACUUCUAAGCAACACCAGUGGGCGGCUGCCUAUUGAAGUGAAUACACGUAUCUCGUUUGGCUGUGACAAAGGCCUUGAGUUAGUAGGUGUGGACUAUAUAACUUGCACAGUUGGCGGAUGGAGCCAUGCCAAACCAAUUUGUACGCCCGUAUGUGAAGUGGACUUUCUAUCCAAGUGCAAGUCACGCCUCAAAUGUCGCUACAAGAAACCGAAUAUGAACUCGGCAGUUUUAAUUACUGAAAGUUUUAAUGAGCAGAAGAUCAAAUUACAUUCUCAACUUGAUUUUUAUUGCGGUGAAGGCUACUUGGAAGGUGCUGUGAGCAGAAUUUGUACGGAUGUUGGCUGGUCGAAGCCAUUGCCUAAUUGCAUAAACUACUGCUACGUCUCAAACUUGGGCGGCUGCCAGCGACCACUCAACUGUGCGAUAUACAACUCAUACAUGGGCGUCAAUGUGCCACCCGAAGAAAAUUACUGGAAUAAUCUUUUUAGAGAAAACUCUCAUAUCGCAUUCAGUUGUGAUUAUGGCUACAAGCUGGUGGGUGAGAAUCGUUCGACAUGCAAUUUCAAUGGCUGGGACAAUGUUGCGCCUAAAUGCCUUCGAGUUUGUGAUAAAAGCUUAUUAAGCGCAUGCAUAGAUCCGCUUAAUUGCAAAAUUUUCGAUGAAAAAACCACACUCUGGCUACCCUUAUUGGGCAGUGCUGCAGCAGUUGAUCAAAUUACCGCCGACACAUAUUUUGCUUUUAAUUGCACGGAGGGCUACCAGCUGGAAGGCGUGAAACAAAUAAGUUGCACCUCCAAUGGAUGGAGUCAUGAAAUGCCCAAGUGCGUGAAAAUACCAAAAUUCUGCAAUGCCAGUAUUUUGCGCGAAUGCGGUAAUGGAGUGAUAUGCAAGACAUUUGAUACAAUCCAGCGCGAUUUUGUAGAAAUUAAAGCUGGCAGCAAGGAGAUGCGCAUGCCCGUCAACUCUCAAGUUCAACUAAGUUGCCCACAUGGCUACAAGCUGGAAGGCAUGCAAGGUCUGACUUGUCUCGAACAUGGUUGGAGCAAUGCAAUGCCAAAAUGCGUGGUACCCUGUCGGGGAAAGUUUUUACCCAAAUGUGAUUAUCCGCUACAAUGUUUCGUUACUUAUCCGAAUGAACACUCAAAGUUUUAUCCUUUGCCUACUGAUUAUGCAACUUACUCUUAUCAGCGAGAUACUCAAGUCGGUUUUUUCUGCUCGGAGGGUUAUACGUUGAAGGGAGCACAACAGACGGAUUGUACCGCUUCAGGUUGGAGGCAUGAAACAACUUUAGAUUUGCCUAAAUGCAUUUUGGGGUGUGAUCCAGACAUUUUACUCGAGUGCGAAAUUCCAUUGAUAUGCCAUUAUUUGCGACCGAAUCAAAAUGGGUGGCUUAAAAUCACGAAAAGCUAUAAGGAAAGCAUGGUGAAAGUAGAUUCGUAUAUAGAUUUUGAAUGUACGAAGGGUUUUAGGCGGCAAGGCGCGUCACGUAUAAGGUGUACUUCAGGUGGUUGGAGUGACGAUUUACCCAAGUGUGAAUACGCAACAUAUAACAAUCAAGGAUAUUACUAUUGGUUUUAA